AUGAUGGCAACGAUCUUAUCUGCAGUUGUCCUGCCACUCCUCGCUUUGCUAAUUGGCACUGCUUUCGCAGUGCCGGACUUGCGACAAGCCGUGCUACAGCCGAGCGAUGCGAAUCAAGAUAUGACUGCAACUUCGACGCAAAGGCAAACUCUAAAGGAUAUGUUAUACGCCCUCGAUGUCAUGCAAGACAGUUACUUUGAGCAAUGGCUCGGUACAUGGCCGGAUGCCCUUGACUGGACUGCCGCAGUCGUUGGUACUCACAUAUCCGGUGUCUUGUCAUCGUUGACAAUGACAUCUCCGGAAUUACUUUCAUUGCCAAUCGCAAACAAUUCUGUUCUUGAACAGAUGCUUGCAUAUGAGAACCUCAUCAACGGCUAUUUCCAUCAGAUCUCGAGUUUUUAUUUUGGAGAGAACGCUUUCGCCGUCAGAAUGCAAGCAUUCGACGACAUGCUAUGGAUUGUUCUCGGCUGGUUGGAGAGCAUCAAGUUCCAAAACCUACAUUCCGAGUUACAUUAUGAGACCACGAAUUCCACGAUCGAGGCACAAUGGCAUGGAAAACAGCUUCGCGUGCCUGCAGCGCACCGAGCUCGUAUAUUCUACGACUUAGCAUCUACAGGCUGGGAUAGCAAGUUGUGCGAAGGUGGGAUGAUCUGGAGUCCGUACCUUGAGCCGUACAAGAAUGCGAUUACGAACGAGCUGUUCAUCUCGGCGAGCAUCGGAAUGUAUCUGUAUUUCACGGGUGAUCCUAUCAGUGCACCAUUCAUGCCUUCGGAUCAUUAUCGUGUGCACGACCCCAGUUACCUAGCUGCUGCGGUGCGUAGUUAUCAGUGGCUCAAAGAUUCUAAUAUGACUGGGACUGGUGGUCUGUAUGCGGAUGGAUUCCAUAUUCAUGGCUAUAAGGGCGUCAAGAACCCAGGAACGAAAAAAUGCGACGUACUCAAUCCGAUGGUCUUCACUUAUAACCAGGGCGUCAUCCUCAGCGGGCUGAGGGGUCUAUGGCUCGCCACAGGCUAUCAAGAUUAUCUCGAGGAUGGACACGAACUCAUUCAACGCGUGAUCCGGGCUACAGGAUGGCCCAAAACCAAUCGCCGCAACUGGGCUGGUCUUGGACGAGGCGGCGUUCUCGAAGAAGCCUGCGAUUCUCAUAGUAACUGCUCACAGGACGGACAUACCUUCAAGGGAAUAUUCUUCCAUCACUUGACUGAAUUCUGCCAUAUUCUGCGACCAGAAGAAGUCAGAUUACUUGCUCUGUUUGCCGAGCCCGGGGAGUCAAUAGAAGAGAAGCAAGAUCUGUUCAACAAAUGGCAUUUGGCUCAAUGCCAAAAGUAUGGGAAUUGGGUAGCGCAUAAUGCCCAGGCGGCGAUUGCUACUAGAAAUGAGCAAGGGAAAUUCGGCAUGUGGUGGGGAGUGACGUUCCCUAGUUCACGCGUUGACCUUCCCGGUACCGAUAUGAAAGAUUCGGCAUCCAAUAUACCACCUGGGGCUAUAGAUUAUGCGAACCACGGGCAGGCAGGCAGGGACUCGGAGGAUCUCAAAGGCCUACUACGACCAGUCUCUGGAGAUAAAUAUAGCGAGGAUACCGGAGACUCGACGAUACCCUCGAAAAUGGGCACGCCGCUCCCUCUAACCGAAGAGGCCGCUUCAGGACAGUAUCAGAACGGUAGAUGGGCGAGGGAUGUAAAUGAUCGAGGCCGAGGUCGCACUGUUGAGACACAGUCUGGUGGUCUUGCCGUGCUGCGUGCAUGGUAUCAAUGGCAGACAACAUCAUUUUUACAAUAG